AUGUCUCUGGUCCAGCAUCUGUCCGCAAUCGACGGUGUCGACCGUGAGCCCGAAGCCGAUGAAGGCGAUGACUACAUCUCCAUUCGACGAAAGAUUAGCUACGAUGUACUACAGCCGCCAAACGAGGGAAUCCCGGUCGCGGAGUUGCGCCCUGGCUCACUAGCGUUCGAUCACUCUCCUAGCAAACGAAUAAUUCAGGUCAUCGUCACCGUGCUCGCGUGUUGGAGCGCGUCGGGGAUCGUCUUUGGCUUCGCGGCGUUGAAGCCGGUUCUCGUCGAAGAAGGCGUCUACCGUGAGCGAUGUACCCCCGCUGAAGUAGCGGAGGGGCUGGAACUGUGCUCCCAGCAGGAUCUGAGAUUGAAUCUGUUUUUCACAAUCGCGUCCAUCACUGCCAAUGUAUCGGCCUUGCCGGUUGGCACUAUUCUGGAUCGCUGUGGAUCGCGUAUCUGCUGGUUGAUCGGCGCAGUCUUACUCGCUAUCGGUGGCGUGAUCAUGUCCUUUGCGUUCCACAUCCCAAGCUUUGAUGGUUAUAUACCGGGAAAUUUCUUCCUCGCGCUUGCUGGCACGUUCCUCUUCGUCCCUUCUUUCCAGAUUGCCAAUGCCUUCCCCAAAUAUGCGGGAACAAUUGUCGCUUUGGUCACGGGUGCUUUCGAUGCUUCCGCCGCAGUCUUUCUCAUAUACAGACUGGUGUACGAGGCCACUGAGCGAAGAUUCACACCGGAUAAAUUCUUCUUGGGAUAUCUCAUCGUCCCCAUCGUGAUUCUCCUCGCCCUGGUGACCGUAAUGCCAAAGCGGGAUUAUGUAUCGACAUUGCAGCUCGAGAACCGAAUCGAGCGCGCAGAAGACGCAACCUACGACGUCCACGACUCAGACGACGAUAUCGACAGCCAAUCGGAGCUGAACCGGGUGCGCAGGAAGCGUGCAGAGAUGCGGAAACGGCGUCUGCGUCAAAUCGACGGUGUGCUUGGUGACAAGGAUGAGAGACAGUUGCGUGCAGAUAAAGAGGAAGAUCGUCAGCAGACAAGUUGGGUAUGGGGUGUUUUGCAUGGAUUACCUGCUCAUGAGCAGAUGGCGACACCUUGGUUUAUACUCAUUACGCUCAUGACUGUUUUGCAGAUGAUCCGUAUGAAUUAUUUUAUUGCGACGAUUCGGUCGCAGUACGAGUUCAUGCUUGGGUCUACCGUCGAGGCGGAUCGUAUCGGUGCUUUCUUUGAUGUCGCCUUGCCGGUCGGAGGUGUGUUAUUCACGCCUGCUAUUGGAUACCUGCUUGAUCGUCUAAGUGUUCCGACAAUGCUGGGGUUAAUCGUGCUGUUCACGACUGUGAUCGGUGUCCUCAACUCGAUUCCAGCGGUUUGGGCUGGAUACAUUACGGUCGUUCUUUUCGUUUUGCUACGCCCGCUAUACUACUCGGCAAUGUCGGAUUAUACUACCAAGGUCUUUGGGUUCGCGACGUUUGGUCGAGUCUACGGUGCUAUCAUUUGCCUAUCUGGGAUUGCCAAUUUCUCGCAGUACGGUCUGGAUGCACUAACACAUCGCACUUUUGAUGGGAACCCCAUUCCUAUCAAUGCCGCCUUGGCAAUCGCUGGAUUCUUGGUUGGUACGGCACUGGUGACGUUUGUUUUCGUCGCUGUCGGGAGGCUGGAACGGCGUGCUCGGGAACAUGAGGAAGAACGGGAGAGACUUCUUUUGGAGGAGGAUGAGGAGGAAUACGAGGAGGACGGUUAUCGAUGA